AUGACCUUCUGUAGACAUUACGUCUACUUUAUAGCGCCGUUUCAUACGCGGCGUGAAACGCGUGCGUUCCUCAGGCCGCACCUCGUGAAAAAAGCGAGCCAGCAGCUGUGUCCGCAGCAGCAGCUACCGCAAAGUACCUACAAAAGCCGUGCGUUUCAGGCGUCGGGGACAACGCCCGGCCCACAGGUCCCGAGUUUACCGGAAAAAGGUGAAACUGGGGCAAGUUCGGAUCGCUGGCAGCGACUGCGGCCGCAAAUACUUGCGCUGCCUCGUUCGUGCGGUGUCUACUUUUUUCGGGACCGCAAAGGUCGUCUCCUGUACGUUGGCAAGUCGCUAUGCAUUCAGGAGCGUGUGGCCUCAUAUUUCCGAACCUCUUCCGUCGAACAACGAGGUAGACAAGUAAUCGCUGCUCUAGACAGCGUUGAUCGAGUGGAAUACUUCGUGACUGGGAACGAAGUGGAGGCGCUCGCCGUCGAGUCCAACUUCAUCCGUGAGCACCAGCCCCCCUACAAUACACUACGCAAAGAUGACAAACGUUUUCCUUUUGUGCGCGUCACUUGGAGCGAAAUGUAUCCGCGCUUGGUGGUGACUCGCCAGAGGCCCCGCGUCAAUCAGAACACUCGCGGUCGAGAUCGCGUAUAUGGGCCUUUCGUCGAUUCAAAGCUCCUCAACCAUGUGCUUCGCUUUAUUCAGCGCACUUUUCCGAUGCGACAGCGGGCGCAGCCUCUUUUUCGGGAUCGACCUUGUCUGAAUUAUGACAUUGGUGUAUGUCCGGGAGUCUGCCAGAAACAGGUAGACACAACGACAUAUCGAGAGGCUGUUCGCAGGGCCGAGCUCUGUUUGCAAGGCCGCGUAACACAGGUCUUGAGCGAAUUACAAGCAGAUAUGCAGCACGCAGUUAAGAAAGAGGAUUACGAACGCGCUGCAAGUCUACGCGACGCGAUGCGGGCGCUGCAGCGGAUAGCCGUCGAGUCAACGGUCGGCGUCGUUUCGAACCUGACACAACGGGUUCUGCUCAUGAAUGCCGAUUUUUCUGCCGAUGUCGCCGCAGCGGCCAUCACGCAAGAUGGAAAGAUUGUAUCGAUUGAACUUAUCCAAAUGCGGGAUGGUAUGGUGAUGAAUCGAUUACACUUCAGCCUUCGCGUUUCACCUCUGGUACGGGACACCGAAAUGACCCACGCGCAGGGUUCGCGGGAGCAGUUGGAUCACAUCGCAGCUGCCGUAUUACAGCAAACGCUGAUUGAGCAUUAUGCAAACCUUACGGAUGCUAAUGAGAAUCCGGAUGGGAUUCUGGUUUAUCCUGCUUUACAGGAUCAUUCGAUCUUGGAAAAGUUAUUUCAGGAGCGGUGGCGCUCCCGUCGAGUGCGUGUCGAAACACCUCGAACAGGAUUACGGGCAGAGCUCGUACAACUGGCGAAAGAGAACGCGGAGGCGCAUCUAAAGGAUGCCUACAACCAGAUCACGAACGCGGUGGGUCCGCUCGAAGAUCUGGCCAUGCGCCUUGGCCUUGCGCAACGUCCAUUUCGAAUCGAAUGCUUCGAUAUCAGUCAUCUCAGUGGGACGUGCGUAGUCGCUUCGCAGUCCGUCUUUUUAGAUGGUGUACCUGCACCGCAUGCCUAUCGUCGCUAUCGCCUGAAUCAAAACGAUUCUGACCCUGCGAAGGGCGCGAACGAUCUCCUGAAUAUGCAACAGGUUCUGCGACGUCGUUUUCGACGUGCCGCAGAAUCGGCGCCUGUCGACUUGCCGGAUCUCGUGCUGAUCGAUGGUGGCAUUGAGCAACUGAAAGCCGCAUGCAGCGCCCUCGAAGCAUGCGGACUCAGUCCACGGACAGGAGCGCCUAAUCUCAUCGCCCUGGCGAAGCGAGAUGAAGAGGUCUUCACCCUGCAUUCAACGAGCCCUCUACAGCAUUUUCGGGAUGGAUCCGUGGACUCGAUGGCGUUGCGCCUGCUUCGCCAUAUUCGUGACGAGGCGCACAACUUUGCCCUGCAAUACCACCGCCAACUGCGAAACAGGGGCACUAUGGCUUCCGUCCUGGAACGCAUUCCUGGUUUAGGACCUGUGCGUAUUCAAAUCUUACUGAAUCAUUUUGGUUCGUUCGAGGGAAUUUUCGGAGCUGGUUACCAGCAAUUGGCAGCGAUUCCUCGGAUCGGAGAGAAGUUGGCUCAGCGCAUUCAUGAGUAUCUGCAUGAAACGACUGGAAACUAG